AUGAAAACCAGCGUGCAGGACUCUAGCGCAAAUUGUGAUUUCCUUUAUAGAUGGCAAAUAGAAGGGAAUUACACAUGCAGCAACCCGAAACCAAUUAAAUGGCCUCAGCCACCGGCUGGGUGGACUGCGUUAAACUGCAAUGGCUUGGUUCUCGGGGAAGGCAUAGGUGGGUAUGGCGCCAUUGGCCGAGACGACACAGGGAGGGCUGUGUUUGGUAUAGCAGGGGCAACAUUGGAGCAUAACAUUUUACGUAUGGAAUUAAUGGCUAUCAAAACUGGGUUGAUGAAGGCAAGCUGCUUGGGCCUUUCUCAAAUCCAAGUUCGCUCAGAUUCACUUUCAGCUGUGCAAUCUAUCUCUGGAAGAUACAAAGUGCCGUGGUACCUGCGUGAGUUGGUUGAGGAGAUCCUAACUCUUCGGAACUGCUUUAGAAGUUGUGUUUUUGUCCACCAUGUGAGGGAAAUAAACUCUUGUGCUGAUUUCUUGGUUGGGUUCCUAACCUCAUGCCAGGAGAUCCAUUUAUGUACCACCAGUCUUCCACCUGCUCUCUCUCGUAUUAUAAGGGAGGAUGCAGCUGGAAAGACCUAUUACCGCAUGUAA